UAUAUAAAUACUGUCACAGUGGGCACAAUGUGUGUUUUGGUCGGUUUUGGUAAAUAAGCGAAAAUGGUGAUUGCAAUCGGUUUCGAGGGAAGUGCAAACAAAAUCGGUGUCGGCAUUGUACGAGAUGGCGAGGUACUAGCAAACGUGCGUGAAACCUACAUUACUCCGCCGGGCGAAGGUUUCCUUCCCAAGGAAACAGCUCAACAUCACCGGUCGAAAAUUCAUGAUAUUUUGAAACGUGCCCUACAUGCAGCUGGUGUUGCUCCUUCGGAAAUAGAUGUAGUAUGUUACACGAAAGGUCCUGGCAUGGCGCCUCCUCUGCUUGCGGUAGCUAUUGUCGCUCGGACGGUAGCGCAGAUUUGGAACAAACCCAUACUCGGGGUGAAUCAUUGCAUUGGGCAUAUAGAAAUGGGACGGUUAAUAACGAAAGCACAUAAUCCGACCGUUCUGUACGUUAGCGGUGGCAAUACCCAAGUCAUAUCCUACGCAUGUAAACGAUAUAGAAUUUUCGGGGAAACUAUAGAUAUUGCAAUUGGAAACUGCUUAGAUCGAUUCGCACGGAUUAUCAAACUAUCUAAUGAUCCUAGCCCGGGUUACAACAUCGAGCAGCUGGCAAAAAAGGGAACGAAAUAUCUUCCUCUGCCAUACUCGGUCAAAGGGAUGGAUGUUAGUUUCUCCGGAAUAUUGUCCUUCCUUGAGCAGAAAGCUCGACCUAACCGGAAACAGAAGAAGCGAACGUCAGACAUUGAGCAAGAAAAGUGGUCCGAUGAGGAUCUUUGCUUCUCCCUGCAAGAGACUUUAUUUGCAAUGUUAGUUGAAACAACUGAAAGAGCCAUGGCCCAUUGCGGUUCCAGUGAGGUGUUGAUUGUAGGAGGCGUAGGCUGCAAUGAAAGACUACAGGAAAUGAUGGGUAUCAUGUGCGAGGAACGUGGAGCUAAACUGUUUGCGACGGACGAACGCUUCUGCAUUGAUAACGGAGUAAUGAUUGCACAUGCUGGCUGGGAAAUGCAUCGUAGUGGAACCAAAAUGAGCUGGGAGGAGGCAACAAUAACGCAAAGGUACAGAACCGAUGAGGUGGAGGUUACUUGGCGGGACGAUUAAUGUAAAAAAUUGAAAUAAACGUCACAGUUCAAGUUCAUACAUAGUAAUUAAGUUCUCUGGACAAAUAGAACUUAUGUUGUACAGCAUUUCGGUACUACAAACAGUUUACACAA